AAAAUGUCUCGUUCGUCGACAUUUUUGGCGGUGGGGUAGGUGUUUGGUUCCUCGAGCUUGGCCGCGAUGAACAGUUCAAAAGGCGGACUUCCAGAAAAGCGGCCGGCUUAGUCAUCCACACAGAGGGACCGGACGGGGCAAAGGGACAGGUUGAUGCUCCCACUCCCCCCAUUUGCGCAUCUCAAAACCAACACGCCCAUGAUUUUCUGGCCGGCGAGGGGUGUUGGACUACUUUAAUUGCGCGUUUCUGACAUUGGUCUGAAACUCCUAAUCCUGGGAGACCCGUUCCUCUGCUCCCUUCGACCCCGGCCGUCGCCUCAAUCCCACAACCAUGGCGUCCUUCCUCGAAAAUGCGUACAGUCUGGUCCAUUUGGACAACACGGCGGACCAGCCGAGCCUGCAGGAGCUGAAACUCCAGCUGGAGAAGGGCAAUGACGAGACUAAGAUGGAGACAAUGCGGACAAUUAUCACGAUCAUGCUCAACGGCGACCCCAUGCCCCAGCUGCUGAUGCACAUCAUUCGUUUCGUUAUGCCUGCGAAGAGCAAGUCUUUGAAGAAGUUGUUGUAUUUCUACUAUGAGAUUUGCCCGAAGCUCGAUUCGAAUGGUAAGCUGAAGCAGGAGAUGAUAUUGGUCUGCAACGGCAUCCGCAACGACUUGCAGCACCCCAAUGAAUACGUCCGAGGAAACACUCUCCGCUUCCUGUGCAAGCUGCGCGAACCCGAACUCAUCGAACCCCUCCUUUCCUCGGCCCGCUCGUGCCUGGAACACCGCCACGCCUACGUGCGCAAGAACGCCGCCUGGGCAGUUGCUUCCAUCUUCCAGCACUCCGAAGCUCUCAUCCCAGAUGCGCCCGAGCUGCUUCUGACCUUCCUCGAAUCGGAGACGGAUGGCACUUGCAAGCGCAAUGCCUUCGCCGCCCUCAUGUCUAUUAGCCACGAGAAGGCCCUCGAGUACCUUGGUACAACUUUCGAUACUAUUCCUAACACCGAUGAGCUUCUUCAGCUGGCUGAGCUUGAGUUCUUGCGCAAGGAUGCUGUUCAGAACACCCAGAACAAGUCACGAUACUUGAAACUCAUGCUUGAGCUCCUCGAUGCUCCCACCAGUACCGUCGUUUACGAAGCCGCCACCUCUCUUACAGCCCUGACCAGCAACCCCGUCGCCGUGAAGGCCGCCGCCGGCAAGUUGAUUGAGCUUGCGAUCCGUGAGGCGGACAACAAUGUCAAGCUCAUUGUGUUGGAUCGUGUUGAUCAGCUCCGGAUGCGCAAUGAAGGUGUUUUGGAUGACCUGACCAUGGAAAUUCUGCGAGUCCUCACAAGCCCCGAUAUCGAUGUCCGCCGGAAGGCUCUCGGCAUCGCCCUGGAGAUGGUUUCAAGCAAGAACGUUGAAGAGAUUGUCAUGUUACUGAAGAAGGAACUCGCCAAGACCGUUAACGAGCAGUAUGAGCAGAAUAGCGAAUACCGUCAACUCCUCGUGCAGUCAAUACACAACUGUGCCAUCAAGUUCUCAGAAAUCGCCGCUAGUGUCGUCGAUCUCCUGAUGGACUUCAUUGCUGACUUCAACAACAACUCGGCUGUGGAUGUUAUCUCGUUCGUCAAGGAGGUCGUUGAGAAGUUCCCCGACCUGCGUGGAUCUAUUGUCGACCGUUUGGUGUCCACUCUGAGCGAGGUCCGCGCUGGGAAGGUGUACCGUGGUGUUCUUUGGGUUGUUGGAGAAUACUCUCUGGAGGAGAGUGAUAUUCGGGAAGCUUGGAAGAAGAUCCGCGCCAGUCUCGGUGAAAUCCCCAUCCUGGCCUCCGAGCAGCGACUACUUGAUGAGGUCCCCGAUGACAGUGCGGUUUUGCAAGAACAGGCCAAUGGCCACACCAAGGCCGCUCCUACCGGAUCUCGUAAGGUUUUAGCUGAUGGCACAUAUGCUACCGAGAGCGCUCUCACCAGCCAGUCUGCCGCUGCCGCUCGCCUUGAGGCUGUCAAGGCCGCUCAGAAGCCCCCUCUUCGUCAACUCAUCCUGGACGGUGACUACUACCUGGCCACCGUUCUGUCUUCCACUCUGACCAAGCUGGUUAUGCGCCACUCCGAGGUCUCCCAAGAUGCUGCCCGCACCAAUGCUCUCCGUGCCGAGGCCAUGCUUAUCAUGAUUUCCAUCUUGCGAGUGGGCCAGUCACACUUUGUCAAGGCUCCGAUCGACGAGGACUCUGUCGACCGUAUCAUGACCUGCGUCCGCUCUCUUGCUGAGUUCUCUGAAAAGAAGGAGCUCGAGACUACUUUCCUUGAGGACACCCGCAAAGCAUUCCGUGCCAUGGUCCAGGUUGAGGACAAGAAGCGGGCCGCAAAGGAAGCUGUGGAGAAGGCCAAGAGUGCAGUGCAGAUCGACGACGCCAUUCCCAUCCGUCAGUUCACCAAGAAGAACAGUGUGGAGGGUGCUGAAGAGAUCGAGAUGGAUCUAGCCAAGGCCACUGGCGGUGAUGCUGUCACAGAGAACGUUUCUUCGAAGCUGAGCCGUGUUGUGCAGUUGACUGGUUUCUCCGACUCUGUCUACGCCGAGGCCUACGUUACCGUUCACCAGUUCGAUAUCGUCCUGGAUGUGCUCUUGGUCAACCAGACCGCCGAAACUCUGCAGAACCUGUCCGUCGAGUUUGCCACUCUCGGUGAUCUCAAGGUCGUUGAGCGGCCAUCUACGCAUAACUUGGGCCCCCGCGACUUCCUGAACGUCCAAGCGACCGUCAAGGUUUCCUCCACCGACACCGGUGUUAUCUUUGGUAACAUUGUCUACGACGGUGCCAGCUCCACCGAAACCCACGUGGUCAUUCUUAACGAUAUCCAUGCCGACAUUAUGGACUACAUCCAACCCGCCCACUGUACCGAGACUCAGUUCCGAACCAUGUGGACCGAGUUUGAGUGGGAGAACAAGGUCAACAUCAACUCCAAGGCCAAGACUCUGCGUGAGUUCCUGAAGCAGCUGAUGGAGAGCACCAAUAUGGCCUGCUUGACGCCGGAAGCAUCGCUUAAGGGUGAUUGUCGCUUCCUGAGCGCCAACCUCUAUGCACGAAGUGUAUUCGGCGAGGAUGCUUUGGCCAACCUGAGCAUUGAAAAGGAGGGCGACGACGGGCCUAUCACUGGUUUCGUUCGUAUCCGCAGUCGCUCGCAGGGUCUAGCGUUGAGCCUCGGCUCCCUGAAGGGCCUCAAGGCGGCGGCGGCAUGAGUAGAUUUUGUUUCUUUUUUCCAGCGGGCUACAGUCUAUAUGAUGUCUCCUUUUUUACCUUAUUUCUUUUCUCUCCCCAGACAAAGUUUGUGUUUUAUUUUUUAUGUUAUCAUUUCUAUCAUGUAUUGAGACCGGGGAGUAGUGAAAUAGAUAAUGGUCUUGGCUACACAAGUCACUGUACAGUAUGAAGGGGCUAAAUUGUUUCACGUAGGGAACGAGAGAUGUACAAAGAAGUAUUCCU